UUUUUUUUUUUAAUUUUUUUCGUGCCCCUCCCGGCCUCCUCCGCGAAGAGAGAGGUGUGCUCGGUCUUCUCUGCUGCGGGAGAGAGUCUAUGGUGAUAGCACGGGGGUGGUGAGUGCUGAGGAGGGGUCUCGCCGCCGCCCCCGCCGCCGCUGAGGAGGAGGAGAGGGAGGAGGAAGAGGCGAGGCACGGCACCAUUUGCUGCUCCCUGCCCCAGCCAUGGAGAACGCGCACACAAAGACUGUGGAGGAAGUUUUGGCUUAUUUCGGCGUCAACGAGAGCACCGGGCUCAGCCUUGAGCAAGUGAAGAAGCUGAAGGAGAAAUGGGGCUCCAACGAGCUACCAGCAGAGGAAGGAAAAACCUUACUUGAGCUUGUGAUUGAACAAUUUGAAGACUUACUAGUUAGAAUUUUGUUGCUGGCCGCUUGCAUAUCUUUUGUCCUGGCCUGGUUUGAAGAAGGUGAAGAAACAAUCACAGCAUUUGUAGAGCCUUUUGUAAUCUUACUCAUAUUAGUAGCCAAUGCAAUUGUGGGAGUGUGGCAGGAAAGAAAUGCUGAAAAUGCUAUUGAAGCUCUCAAAGAAUAUGAACCAGAGAUGGGCAAAGUGUAUCGACAAGACCGAAAAAGUGUCCAGAGGAUUAAAGCAAGAGACAUUGUCCCAGGUGAUAUCGUGGAAGUGGCAGUUGGAGACAAGGUUCCUGCUGAUAUAAGAAUUACUUCUAUCAAAUCUACAACUCUAAGGGUAGACCAGUCAAUUCUCACAGGUGAAUCUGUGUCCGUUAUUAAGCACACUGACCCUGUGCCUGAUCCUCGUGCUGUAAACCAAGACAAGAAGAACAUGCUCUUUUCUGGUACAAACAUUGCUGCUGGUAAGGCCAUGGGGGUGGUCAUUGCAACGGGGGUAAACACCGAAAUCGGGAAAAUCCGCGACGAGAUGGUGGCGACCGAGCAGGAGAGAACCCCCCUGCAGCAGAAACUGGACGAGUUUGGGGAGCAGCUGUCCAAAGUCAUCUCCCUGAUCUGCAUCGCCGUGUGGAUCAUCAACAUCGGCCACUUCAACGACCCCGUGCACGGCGGCUCCUGGAUCCGCGGYGCCAUCUACUACUUCAAAAUCGCCGUGGCCCUGGCUGUGGCUGCCAUCCCYGAGGGGCUGCCUGCUGUCAUCACCACCUGCCUGGCACUGGGCACRCGCAGGAUGGCCAAGAAGAAUGCCAUUGUCAGGAGCCUGCCCUCGGUGGAGACYCUGGGCUGCACUUCUGUCAUCUGCUCCGACAAGACGGGUACCCUGACCACCAACCAGAUGUCAGUGUGCAGGAUGUUUAUCCUGGACAGAGUAGAAGGAGACAGCUGCUCUCUGAACGAAUUUACUGUAACUGGCUCAACAUAUGCUCCUAUGGGAGAAGUGCAUAAAGAUGACAAACUCAUUAAAUGUAGCCARUAUGAUGGUCUUGUGGAACUGGCAACGAUCUGUGCACUCUGCAAUGAUUCCUCUUUGGAUUACAAUGAAGCUAAGGGAGUUUAUGAAAAGGUUGGUGAAGCCACGGAGACGGCGCUGACGUGUCUGGUUGAGAAAAUGAACGUGUUUGACACAGACCUGAAGGGACUCUCGAGAAUCGAACGUGCGAACGCCUGCAACUCGGUGAUAAAACAACUCAUGAAGAAAGAAUUCACUCUGGAAUUCUCAAGAGACAGAAAGUCGAUGUCUGUCUAUUGUACUCCAAACAAACCGAGCCGCACGUCCAUGAGCAAAAUGUUUGUUAAGGGUGCUCCUGAAGGUGUGAUWGACAGAUGUACACAUGUCCGUGUUGGAAAUGCUAAAAUACCUUUAACCUCGGGAAUUAAGCAGAAAAUAAUGUCUGUCAUUAGAGAAUGGGGAACUGGCAGGGACACGUUGCGUUGCUUGGCUCUGGCAACCCAUGAYAAUCCUCCUAAAAAAGAGGAAAUGAAUCUGGAGGACUCCUCAAAUUUCAUCAACUAUGAGACCAACCUGACCUUCGUGGGCUGUGUGGGAAUGCUGGAUCCCCCGAGRAUUGAAGUGGCCUCAUCCAUAAAGCUGUGCAGGCAGGCUGGCAUCAGGGUUAUUAUGAUCACUGGUGACAACAAGGGCACGGCCGUGGCCAUCUGCCGCCGCAUCGGGAUCUUUGUGGAAGAUGAAGAUGUGUCCACCAAAGCCUUCACMGGCCGUGAGUUUGAUGAGCUGUCCCUUGCUGCCCAGAGAGAUGCCUGUCACCAUGCCCGCUGCUUUGCCCGUGUGGAGCCUUCCCACAAAUCCAAAAUCGUGGAGUUCCUUCAGUCUUUUGAUGAGAUCACAGCCAUGACUGGUGAUGGUGUCAAUGAUGCUCCUGCACUGAAGAAAGCAGAAAUUGGAAUUGCCAUGGGUUCUGGUACUGCAGUGGCCAAAACUGCUUCUGAAAUGGUUUUAGCAGAUGAUAAUUUCUCCACGAUUGUAGCUGCUGUGGAAGAAGGACGUGCGAUUUAUAACAACAUGAAACAGUUCAUCCGAUACCUGAUCUCCUCCAAUGUUGGGGAAGUUGUUUGUAUCUUCCUGACUGCUGCCCUGGGUUUUCCUGAAGCUCUAAUUCCUGUUCAGCUGCUGUGGGUAAACCUUGUGACGGAUGGUCUCCCUGCCACUGCCCUGGGCUUUAACCCUCCUGAUCUYGAUAUCAUGAAUAAACCACCGCGCAACCCCAAAGAGCCCCUCAUCAGUGGGUGGCUCUUCUUCCGUUACCUGGCUAUUGGAUGUUACGUCGGUGCUGCCACAGUGGGUGCUGCUGCUUGGUGGUUUAUUGCUGCUGAUGGUGGUCCAAGAGUUUCCUUUUACCAGCUGAGCCAUUUUCUGCAGUGCAAGGAGGACAAUCCAGACUUCUUUGGGGUCGACUGCGUGGUGUUUGAGUCCCCGUACCCGAUGACAAUGGCUCUGUCUGUGCUUGUCACCAUAGAGAUGUGCAAUGCUCUCAACAGCCUGUCAGAAAACCAGUCCCUGAUGAGGAUGCCCCCGUGGGAGAACAUCUGGCUGGUGGGGGCCAUUUGCUUGUCCAUGUCCCUCCACUUCCUUAUCCUUUAUGUGGAACCACUGCCAAUUAUCUUCCAGAUCACACCUCUGAACUUGACACAGUGGCUGAUGGUAUUGAAAAUCUCCCUCCCCGUCAUUCUGCUGGAUGAAACACUUAAAUAUGUGGCCCGUAACUACCUGGAACCUGGUAAAGAUGAUAGUGUGCGGCCUGCCACCAAACCCUGUGCUCUGUCAGCAUGCACCGAAGGAGUUUCCUGGCCGUUUGUGUUCAUUACUAUGCCCCUGGUUAUCUGGCUUUACAGCACAGACACUAACUUUAGUGAUAUGUUCUGGUCUUGACUGACAUGGUGACGAGUUUUACAUUCAAAGGAAAAAAAAAAAAGUUUAACUUAAUUUUUUUAUUGUUUAGAGCAACUGUCUAUUUCUGCUGAAUUUUCACAUGAACAUAUUUGCCGGUGAUGGAGGUUUCAUAAUCUAGAUUUUGGUUUUUUGCUUUUUCUGACUUCAGUGGGGGCAAUAUAUUCCUCUUUUAUACACAGUUAAAGUGUCCAUUGACAUGUACAGAGAACUAACACUAUUUUAUGCAAAUAUUUUUUUGUAGAUGAAAAGCAUGUACAGUGUUCUGUUCAAUAGUCUAUUCAUCAUGUAAAAAAAAGUAAAUUUUUUUUGAGCCAGCGGACACUAUCAAACUAAAUUGGCAGCAGAUUUUAGGGAAUGAAUGUGUGUUGUCUAAAACUAAAAAAGCAUGUAACUGUUUGUCUUCUGCAUGAUCAUCCAAACUUAAUUUGUCAUAAAGUCAGGUUUUGUUCACGAGCAGAACUUUCUGCACUGGGUAGACAGUCCUGCUCCCUGGGUCAGGAUUUCUUCUCGGUCCCCUCUUCCCUCACUCUCGGUUCUUGACUGUCCUUGUUUACACCACUUUCUGUAUGAGGUAUGCCUGAUCUCGCUCGUGCAGAAAAUAUCAUUCCAGGUGCAGCCUGCUGGGGUUCUUCCAUACUCUCAACACACAUAGGGUUGUUUUUUUUUAAAGAUUAUUUAUUUGUCUAUUGUAUUUUAUUGUAACAGACCUUAUUUUGCCAGUGUUGCCCGUUAUGCAGGGAUAGGGAGGGCUACUUCUGUCUCCUUAAAUCUAAAGCCUUUUUAACWCACACAAUCUGUUUCAAUUCAAGAGGGUUUAAGUUGGGGUUUAAUACCUUUUUCACACGUGUCAGAGCCUUUCUUUUUCUUUUUUUUUUUUUCUCCCCUUUAAAAUCAAAAUUUGCAAUGAGACCUGAAAAAAUAACUUGCACUGCAUAGCUAGAAAUUGGAUUUCCUACACUUAGGGCACUAAUGCUCAGUUGUAUACAUGGAGUUACUCUGCUGGCCUGUUGUUAGCCUGACUUGAAGUAACAAGCUCGUGUGUGUUUUUUGUAAAAUCUGUAAAUAGCACAUGACCAAAUUGAACAUAUUGUAUAGAACUAUUUUUAUUUUAAUGUGGCACUAACCACCUUCAUUAUUACGGUAAAUGUUAAAGCAUGUUUUCAAAUUCAGUCCUGUAUCAACAAUGUGUAAGUCAUUAACAGUCCUAACUGUGGUGUUUUUCUCCAAUGCCUUCCAACUUUCAUCGACUAAAGUGAGUAUUUUUCUUCCAUUUCACCCUGCCAGUGGUGACUUGCUGUAAAAUAGCAUAUGCUGUAUACAUGUUGAAGAAUAAAUAGUAAUUUCCUUCAUUCCCAUGCUGUGUUUUGUCAAACUCUGCUGUGCUACAUUAUUAUCACCACUUUAGACUCUUGUUUUGUGGUCUGAAGCUCAAAUUACCGAUUCCAAAGGCAAAGCACUUGCUUUUGGUUUAGUGUAUUUUAGGGUCUUGUUUUAUAGCACCUGGGAGCCUUAGCGCCCCGAGGUCUCACAGCUUUUGGUCUUAAGUUUGAGAUAAAAUCAGACAAAUCUGUAACUUAAGACCCUGACAGCUGUUACCGUGAAUGUUUAGUGUCCAAAACUCUCUGGUACUCAUGGUCAGGUGCUGGUUUAGUCCAAAGCUUUUYCCUGCUCUGAAACAGGGGCUGCCCCUUGGAGCUGAGCACCCUUCCCUCGUCCCUGGUACCUGCAGUGCUCCAAGGGCAGGUGCUGCUCCUGGCAAAAACAGCUCAUUAUUUGUUAUUUGCCAUCUGAGAAGGCAAGAGAACAGUCCCAGCUUAACAGGGCACUCUUUGAAAUGUGCCCUGGGGUCACAGUGUCUGUGGAGCAGCAGGUGCUGUUAUCUUGUGCUGGCUCAGUCUGCUUUAGUAACCAAAUUCAAACAGCUCUGUGAUCCCUCUUAGAGGGGAAGGAUUGUUCCAGGCUCUGUUCUGUUGGUGCCAGCUGGAAUCCAGCGAGCACACAUAAUUCUCUAGGUUUAAGCUCUGGAGUGGAGAUGCUUCCUCAGAACACAGAGGCUCUAUCAGACAUUCCACUGCUUUGUGAUACUUUGUUUAUAGAGACUUUGACUUGUUUGAGUUGAUGCUGAAGUGGCUCAGAGGAGCUGACCUGAUGAUGUAGUAGGUGUGUUGCCAAACUGUGAGCAUUCAAAUCSCCCUGAAUGCCCUUUUUUAGUGUGGAGGAGCCAAACUAAGGUUUUGCAUUCCACAGAACUGCUGGCCUGCACCAGCCAUUUGCUGUGUCAAUAACAAAUGAGCAGCAUGAGCCUCAUCUCUGUUCCUUGAAACAAAAAAUAAUAGUUCCUGUGAUCUAGGACUCCUUGAGAUCAAAGCAUAUACCAGUAUGUUAUUUGCUGGAAACAAAUUAGCAGCUUAGUUCUGYGUGCUCCCACUGCUGCUGACAGACAUUUCCAGGGCAGGAAUGCCACAAAAUCCUUGAACACGGGUUCUGCUGAACCUCAGAGCACCAUKUUGGUGGCCUUUUUAAAGCCACAURUCUGACUGCCACCUGAAUAAUUCUGCUUCUUGUACAAUCCUAUUCCUGUUUUUUAUGCCAAAUAAUCCUGCUAUACAUCCUUUUUCCCCCCUCUUAACAAGCUGAAGGGAAAAAUGACUGUCARUAAGUAGAAUUCAGUCUUCAACACCCUCUCUGUUGGAUCUGUCAGUGUUGAAGAUGAAUCUUGUUGCUUGUCACGGAUUUCUGUAGGCAUCUGUGAGCUUGUUCGUGCCACUCUCUCAGAGGCACUUGGGGUAGGGCCUCGUGUCCCUUGGAGUUUGCCUUGAAAGCUGACGAGUGGUGGGCACAGGGAGUGGGGUCCAUCCCUAUCAGCUCCUGAGCUUGCAGGAACAGUCAGGUUUUAUAAGGUGCUCCUACAGAGCCAAGCAAUCUUCAUCUACCCUGUUUCUCUUCUMUUUCUCCCAGUCUUGUCCAAGUUUUCCUGCAGAAAUGGAGCAAUAGGGUUGCCCAAGAACAGCAGUUGCAGAUCUUGGCUGGCUGCUGUUCUUUCAGGACUUCUGUUUUCCAAGUGUUGUAAAUGAGGUUCCUCCUGGGCAGUGAAGCAUCCUGCCCUGGAAAUCACAUCCUUGUGAUCCUGGACCUGGGAGUGCUGGCUCUGGGCUCCAGCCCAGGCAGCUGAGCAGGCUGGGGGAGGCUGCAGGAGGAGCGUGAGGCAGCUGAGAACUUUCCUGUUACAGAAAGUACAGAACUKCAGUGCAAAGUUUGUAAUGUCUGCAGGAAAUGUCUGAACUAAAGUGUUUAUCCUUAGCUGUAUAGAUCCUGUCAUCCUUCAGCCUCAGUCCUUUCAGCUGCAGAAGUCAGGGAGGCCUUUUCAGGACAGACUCGUUUGCUAACAUCUCAAAAAUCAGAACUCUCUUUUAAUUUCUUUGGCCCCAAGUAUUUCUGACCUCUCAGUGCUGGGGUUGAAGUAGGUAACUCCUGUUGAACCGUUAGCCCAGAGAAGAUACCAAAAGCAGCACUUAGUCACAAGCAGAAUUCAGAAUCCCCCAGGCUUUAUCUCCCACUCCAUUCUUACAAAAUAACUUCAUUUUUUUUUUUGUUUCUCUUUGCUCCCAUCUCACCGAGCUUUUUCAUYUCUGCUAUUUUCUGGAUUCCUUGGUGCCCUCACACAUCACUGCUUAUUCUCUACUGUGAGAGGGGUGUGUAAGACCAGGAUCAAUCGUGUGAUUGAUGCUGCCUUAUGCUGGGAACACCAGGAAGGAUAUUGGCUUGUGCUGGGACCCCAGUGGGUCUGGAAUGAGAGCAGCUCCUCCUGAAUGUUCUCUAGCAAGGAGGAUGCUCAGGCAGCUGCAGUCAUGCAUUGAAUUUUUAGCCAGGAGCUUUUUGUCUUUGCAGUGCCUUGGGCUCUCUCUGCUUUCACGUGUGAGUGCUCCAAAGUGCUGAGCUACACAACGAGCUGCUCCUUCUUGCUGGCAUCCGAGCAAUAAAAAUAGUUCAUACUUGGUUUCCCAAAACAUUAUUGCAAAUAAAAUGAGUGUGAAAGAGGCUGCAGAAACACAUUUCUACCAGUCUGUCAAAGUGCUCMGAGGCUUGUGUUGGUAGAGAGGCUGUUGGGGAGGUUCCUGGUACGAAACUGAGUUUUUAAUCUGAUGAUAGAAUGCAGUACAGCAGUGCCGGCCCGAGAACACAGCUCGGGCCCAGGGUUGAUGGUAAACAGCCCAAAGGAGGCUGAAUUUGCUGAGGUGAAGGGAGGUAAAACUGAUACAGAGUCGUCUGUCUCUUGCACCUGUCUUGUUUACUUUUUUGCACUUCUAACCAUUAACUGUUUCCCUAAUCUCUGCUAAUUACAUCCUUAAUUGCAUUAAUAUGCAUUUUCAAAUCUUAGCAGGAGAGCCCAAAUUUUAGUGUUGAAGCAGUGUUUGGAAGAGCUUCCACGGAGCUGUAGGGACUCAGAGCAGUCUCUCCAGACACGAGGCUGACCUUAUGCUGUGGUAGGGGUGAAGUACAGCAGGAGCUUUAGGACGUUGUACUCUACCCUUUGCCUACACAUUAAUCCGUGUAGUUUAAUGACUUCUUCAAAGCUUUCCUACUGCUUCCCAGAACAAGCUGCCUAACUUGGAAAAGGGACAUUGUUAGGUCACUUUGGGGCCAAACUUGUCGUAAUGCCUCGACUGAAAAAAAAAACAAGCGCAUAAUAUGGAACUUGAAAGUAAAAAUUCCAAAGAAGUGAGAAUUGUCUGUUGCCACUGGUCAGGCAGAGAAAGGCAAAUGCUAAUUAAACRUGUCUUAAUUGUUCUUCACUUGUCUUGGGUAGGAAGUGCUGGCUCUGCUGAUAAUCAAGGAAGCUGAGCCUUAAUCCAGAGGAUUCUGAGCUUCAAGAACAAAGUAACCUGAGAGUGUCCCUUCAAUGACAGAGCAGCCAGUUAGCAAACUUAACAUUCUUUCUUCUGUCACUGUUGAUCUUAGUCUUGCUUGUAUAAUGAUACUUAGCAUUCAUCCUUUCAUUAACUGAYGCCUUUUCUUUCUUUCCUUUUCAGCAAUACUGGAGUAAUCGCUUCCUAAACAAUUUUGCAGAAAUGUAAGGUUGUUUUGUUGCGUGCAUGUGUUUUUAGCAACACAUCUACCAAAACUUCUGCAUGUAUCGUGUAAAGAUUCUUUGCUUUCCCUAAAAACAAAACUCAUUGUGUUCUCUGUGGAAGAAAUGUGUGGUACCAUUAGGACUUCAUGAUACAGAUGUACAAACGUGCAAUAUAGCUUGCCAAGUCGGAACUCUCUCCAGAGAAGUUGGGUUUCUGUGCUGCAUGGAGAAGAGUUUGGUUAUCCUUGAACAAGAAUUGCGGAGCUGUCAGCCAAUUUCCAUAUUCCUGUAUGUAAAAUGUCAGUUUYUACAAUGUACAAUAUCAGAUAAUGCAUGCCUUGGGUUGUAGACGGAUCUCUCUCUGUAUUGUAUCAUCCAAACAUCCUACUCCAACAGCUUCUGUACAAUGCUCUCCUAUUUAUAAAUCCAUGGAAACGAUUACAGAUGAAUGUUAAACCGCAAGCCUCCACUUCAUACCGUUGGAUUUUUUUAUCAUCUGUGCAAAUCAACCUCUUUUGCACUGUAAUGUAACUUAUUUAAGGCAGUAAGACAGAUGUUGGUGCAAUACAAAAUAUCGUGAUGCAUUUAUCUAAAAAGCAACAACGACGUAGCCAGUUCCCACAGCUGCAUGUGUGACCUUUAGAAGUUGUAAAUAAGAUCAAUUGUCUAUUGACAUGCUGACAGUAAGGAGCAUCACACCUAGUUUCAUUUGUAUCAGGUAAAUAAAUUUAUUCUACAAUACAUACUCGGCGUGUUAUUUGAUGCACUUUGUUUCCUGCAGGUCCGUGCGUAGGCACUGCAGCGCGCUCUUAUUUUAAUGCCAGGAUYUAAUGACACUUUUUAGCACCAACACCAUUGCAAUCUUUCCUCCUAGAACUAUGCAGAUGCAGCUGCUCCUCGGCAGUAUUGACCUCCUCGCUGGUGUGAUUUCCUCUGUCCAGGGGCUUGUGUGUGUGUUUAAGGGACACUGUCAAGUACUUUGAUCACUCAGUUUUUUUAAAAUGCUCCAUUGUUUGUAAAAUCCCUCUGAGAAACGUAAAAUAAACAAUUCUUUCCCAACUA